AAACGAAAAGGUUUAAGACGAAUAAAAAAGGAUUUUUUACAUUUUAGACGGAAGAAAAGAGAAGAAAAAUGACAGAGAUCUCAACUGACAGAUCGUUGCGUUUCUUGGUGUUAUUCUGUUCGAUAUUUUUACAAUUUAUUUCAGGCUAUUCUGAUGAUUCAUCAAGUCCCAUAAAUGGGACAAAAACCAAGUCCCAUUCACCUUCUCGUUCUGGAGGCAGCACAGGAUCCACGGUAGCUAUUACAUGUUUAGUGCUUGUUGCAGUUGUGCUUUUAUCAUUUUUCCUUUUCAAGUUUUGGCAAAAGAAGAAGCGUGAAGAGCAGUAUGCUCGUUUACUGAAGUUGUUUGAAGAGGAUGAUGAGCUUGAGCUUGAACUUGGUCUUCGGGAUUGAGCUUGCCUCCUAUCUGUACAUCAAUCUUAUUAAGGUGGGACUCCUUUCUAUGUCUCUGUGGUUCUGAUUCUAGUUUCGAAGUUUCGGUACUGUGAUUUAUAUGUGUAGUUAAACAGAGAACUUUGAGGUGAACUACUCUUCUCGUAUAUGCCAUCAAUAUAUUUUUUGUUUGCAUGACUUGCUUGUACAUUUUUACUGAUGAUAUCUAAUUUAUCAGUGGAACAUUAUAAAUAACUCUGAUGACACAAGGGUCAAGUGUUCUCAAGUAGUCUUGCAAUAAAUGAUGAGUGUAUGUGCAUGGAAUUGAUUUUAUACAUUGAAUUAUUCCUCAAAUAUUUAUUUGGUAGAGUAUUGAGCACCUAGUAUAGUGUUAUACUCUAGAUUAUAAUUUUGUGUUACGAUGACUUUUGCUUUUUGGACACUUCUGAUAAUGCUAAUGGCAUAGCUUGUUUACAUCUUAUUUUUGAUUUCCAAGAACAUAUGCAUACUGCUGCUAAUGUUCCCUAUAAAGAUUAUUGGUUUGCUCUUGUUAUCAAAAACGGCCUUCAAAAACUUUGAAAUGGAUAUUGGACGCUUAUGAUUCACUUCUCUUUGACUUCUUUAAGGUCACUACAACUUCCAUUAUUAUUAUUAUUUUUUUUUGUUGAAUCGAUCAAAUGAUGCAGAAUAAACAAUGGACCCUUAGAAGCUCGUCGUCUAUUCCCUCUGUCCAAUUUAUAUAAUCUAGUUUUGUUUUUCACAUGGAUUAAGAAAUCUUAUUUAAUGUUAUCGAAAAAGCAAAUUUUGCCAAAAACUUGCCUAGUCAACCCUUAUUUAUAUUGGUACAAUUUCAAGAUUAAGUGAGAAAAUUUGGAUAUAACUAAACAAAUUAAAUAAGGGUAUAUUAGUAAAUGAACAAAACAAAACAUUCUCAAUAAAGAAACGGGACUAUAUAAUUAGGACAAAAAAAAAAAAAAAGGAAAAUCAGCCUUAUAAAUGAGACAGAGGGAGUACUUCUUUUCUAGGUUACUCGUACAUCUUAUUAGUUUGUUUUGAAGCAAAUGAUGUAUGGACAACAAAAGGAGGAAUAUUAAAUUUAUGAUAGCAAGGUUGCUAAGGAUAACAACAACAAUAAAAAUAUUUUACGAUAAAAUGUAAUUAAUACACAACAUAUUAGGAGAGAAAAAGUCAAUAGGAGGUUCGUUCUUACAAAUACACCAUAGCUAUAUAUUUUUGUUUCCCCAAAAACUAAAUUUUGUAAAAUAGAUUAUAUAUUUGCUGCCUGUUGAUUGGUUAAAUAUAUAUAAUACUAUGUUUCGACAAGCAUAUGCUGUUUGUAUUCUGGAACAUUUUCGCUGCAACGUGGCUAUUGGGAUUAUAUUUAUAGAGCUUGGAACAAUUUCAUCUUCCACUUGCUUUAAUGUGUUUACGUCUGAUUUCUUGUCAAUCUUGUUAUGGAUGAUAAAGUUAUUUUGCUUUAUUUUUUUGUGUGACGUCCCAAAAUUUUUCAAUUCUAGGUUGUAGUUUGUGUAACAAUAUUGAUUGAACCAGAAAAAUUGAAGCAUUCUUUUUGAAGAGAAUUCUUGUGGAGGUUUGCUAUAGACUAGAGGAUUAUCAAAUGUUCAAAGUUUCAAUUUGGAUUUUGUGAGUAUGCAUAUUUGUAUUAUCAAAACUACUUUUCAUGUUUAUAUUUUGUUCAGCUUAUUGAAUAUUACGAGAGUAUGUCAGAAAGUUUGUUAUA